AUGUUGUGUUGUCUUUCGGCCGUGGUGGCCUCCAUUUUGGUCCACCAGCUACACUUUCUGUGUGCCGCCGGUUCGUUAGGUGCUAAGCCGUUUCCUGGACUGGAAAACCUGCCGAGGUCGUUCUGGCAUGAGCUCAGUUCGCCUUUUACCGAGGUAUAUGAGGUGGAAAGUUUCGCGACAGAAACCGGCGGCAUCCCCGAGCCCAGGCCCUUUUUCGAAGAUCCGGAGAGCAACAUUACCGUGCAACUCGGCGCUCAAGUACAUAUGCAUUGUAGAGUACAAAACCUGCAGGAUACUCUUAAGGUGUCCUGGGUUCGCAGACGUGGCGAGGAACUCCAUUUGCUCACGAUCGGCCUCGACACGUACGCGAGCGACUCGAGAUUCUCCCUGGCGUUCGAGAGUCCGAAUAACUGGAAGCUGCUCCUGAGCACGGCCACCGAACGCGACGGCGGCCUCUACGAGUGUCAAGUCAGCGCUCAUCCUCCAUUAAUCAGGACUGUCCAUCUGACUGUGUCCGGUGAGUAA